AUGGCAGUGGCAAAAGCACCUCCCCUUCAUCAAGUAUUCGUCGGCAACAUUCAUCCAGACACCAAGGAGGAGGAGGUCAUUGAACUCUUCAAGAAGUUCGGAAAGCCUGACAGGUCCAUCGUGAUGCGAAGCGCUGAAGGAAUCAGUUUGGGCUAUGGCUUCUUGGAAUUUUCGGAUGCCUCGCAAGCAAGGAAAGCUGUUGAGGGAAUGAACCUCAUAGUAUACAAGGAGCGACAGCUGCGAGUAGAUUUUGCGGAUUGUCGUUCGAAAAGUUCUCAGUUCUCGCCAAUUGUUUUCAUCGACCAGUUGCCUCGCACGUUUGUUGACUUGGAGAAAUUGAGGUCUAUCUUUUCGCCCAAAGGUGCCAUGGUGGAUUGUCACUUGGCCAAAGGUCCCGGAAACGUGACAAGAGGCUUUGCGUUUGUGGAGUAUGAAACUCACGAUUCUGCGUACUCUGCCUUUCGUGAGCUGAAUGGCUACAAACUCGAAGGUCAACCCAUCCGUGUG